AUGCUCAAAUUGUUGAUUCUCGUCGUCGCCUCGUCGAUCCUCGUCUCGACUUCGACAGCCGCUCCCAUGGAUGCUCUUCUCGGUGGCGCGUCUCCCGAUGCCAACCCAUGUGUGCCGAAUCCAUGCCCCACUGAUCGCUGUGCCUCUGUGUGCACCCAGCACUACGGCGUCCAAGUGUGCAGGGCUGACUGUUCGGCGCCGUGUCAUGGGUAUGGAUGU